GAAAAUAUUUUGAAGUGGUCAUACACCAUUCUCAGGGCACCAGUUAUGAAGAGUGCAAGUACAAAAUGUAUUCUUAGGAUGUUUUAUAUAUUUAUGAAAUAAAUAUGACUGGGAAUUCACUGUACUUUUUCCUUUUAUUGGCAUUAUGCACAAUAAGAGAUGUUCAUUGCCUUGGAUAUAUAGAGACGAACUUCAAGGAAUUUGUUAACUUCGAGGGAAAGCGUUUCGAUGGGAAGUGUUGUGACAAGUCAGGAUUUUGGAGCUGGGGCGGUAGCAAAGACAAAUGCACAGACGAAUGUGACCAUACUUUCAUCAUCUGUUUGGGAAAUGCCACGCAAUCAAGCAGCAUGUCCGAGUGUGAAUAUGGUCAGCAAGAAAUUGACCAGGUCGGGGGCAAUAAAAUCACGUUUAAUGGUAACGUGGGAGCUGCAAGGAACCCAAUUAAGUUUCAAUUUGGAACAUGGCCGGGUGCUGUCAAGGUAAAAAUUGAUGUUCAUGAUACAGACGGUGACGACGAGUAUGACUUCAUUGAUCAUUAUGAAUACCAGUACAACACCCGGGACCUUCGGAGAGAAAUUUAUGCCCCGCAGGAAUCAGUCGUGCUAUUAGGUACUCGUACAAGAUUUGUCAUGGAACUAAAAGUUUACUGUGAACUAAAUUUCUACGGUCCGGAGUGUGGUAUAUUUUGCAAGGAAACAGACGACGUUACCGGCCACUACAGGUGUGAUCUUUCCACAGGAGCUAAAAUAUGUAAACAAGGUUGGAAAGGUGAUGACUGUCUGACAAAUAUUGACGAUUGUGUCGGAAACCGUUGUUACUAUGGUGCCACGUGCAUUGACCAUGUCAACUUUUAUAGCUGCCUGUGUCCACAAGGCCGAACAGGCAAGAACUGCAGUGAGCACAACAUUGACGAAUGUCUUAGUGAUCCAUGUGGGAAUGGCGGCAGGUGUUUAGAUAAAGUAAACUCUUUCGAGUGUCAAUGUCAGUAUGGCUAUACUGGUGAACUCUGCGAAGCCCGAAUAGAUUAUUGUGAUCCCAACUAUUGUCUUAACGAAGCUACUUGUUCAAGUUUAGAGACUACUUUUGAAUGUUAUUGUACUGAGCAGUUCUACGGUCUGUGGUGUGAAUCAGACGUAAACGAGUGUGACAACGGUUCUGAAGUUUGUAAUGGCAGGGGAUUGUGUGUAAAUACGUUUGGAAACUAUCUAUGUGCUUGUAUGGCCGGCUACGAGGGAAAGAACUGUGAAUUAGAAAUGGACGAGUGUCUGAUCGUGGAAACCCCGUGCCUUAAUGGGGGACUUUGUAUAGAUUUGAUUGGAAGGUAUCGUUGUGAUUGCUCCGGCACAGGGUUUCAUGGAACUAAGUGUGAACAGGAAAUUAACGAAUGCGAAAGUGAUCCUUGUGAAAAUGGAGGUUAUUGUAAAGACCGGCUAAAUGACUUUUCAUGUGAAUGCCCAGUCGGUUUUACAGGAUUUACGUGUGAAAUUACAUUAACAAUAUUAUCAUCAUCAUCAACAACAUCAUCAUCAUCAACAACAACGACAACACCGUCAUCAUCGUCACCAUCUUCGUCAUUAAUACUAAUCCUAUUGCCACCACCACCAACAACAUUAUCACCAUCAUCAUUCACAACAACAACAACAGCAGCAGCAGCAGCAACAGCAACAAUAACUAUAACACCAUCACCAAAAACAUCAUCAUUAUCGUCACCAACAUCAUCAUCAUAUGUAAUACCACCACCACCACCACCACCAACAUCAUCAUCACCAUCAUCAUCAUUAACAACAACAACAAUAAAAACAACAACAACACAUCCACCACCACCACCAAUAACACCAUCAUCAUCGUUACCAUCAUCAUCAUCAUCACUUAUACUACCAUCACUACCACCACCACCGUCAACAAGGCCAAUAACAUCAACAGCAACUUCAGCAUCUUCACUUGAAAACAUCACUUCUCCAAGAUUUGACAUGGAACUAAAUAUUUACUGUGAACUAAACUUCUACGGUCCGGAGUGUGGCACUUAUUGUAGGGAAACAGACGACGAGACCGGCCAUUACAAGUGUGAUCCUUCCACGGGAGCUAAAAUAUGUAAACAAGGUUGGAAAGGUGAUGAUUGCCUAACAAAUAUUGAUGAUUGUGUCGGAAACCGUUGUUACUAUGGUGCCACCUGCAUCGACGGUGUCAACUUUUACAGCUGCCUCUGUCAACCAGGCCGAACAGGGUUUACUUGUGAGGCUGAAAUAAACGAAUGUGAAAGCGGUCCAUGUCAAAAUGGCGGGAAAUGUUUGGAUGCGUCUAACAGUUUCAUCUGUAAAUGUGCCCGCGGGUUUGUCGGAUUAUUGUGUGAAGUUGAAAUAGACGAAUGUAGAUCGGGUCCAUGCUUAAACACGGGAGUUUGCAUUGAUCAGAGAGGUGAUUAUAUGUGUGUAUGUCAGGACGGGUUUUCUGGGGAGCGAUGUGAGUUGGACCUAGACGAAUGCCUGUCAAACCCAUGUAUAAAUGCUGACAGGUGCAUAGACUUACCUGGAAAUUAUAUGUGUGAGUGUUUCCCAGGUUUCAAGGGAAAGAACUGUGAGCACAACAUUGAUGAAUGCCUUAGUGAUCCAUGUGGGAAUGGCGGCAGGUGUAUAGAUAAAGUAAACUCUUUCGAGUGUCAAUGUCAGUUUGGCUUUACUGGUGCACUCUGCCAAGCCCUUAUAAAUAAUUGUGAUUCCAACUAUUGUCUUAACGAAGCUACUUGUUCAAGUUUAGAGACUACUUUUGAGUGUCAUUGUACUGAGCAGUUCUACGGUCUGCGGUGUGAAUCAGACGUAAACGAGUGUGACAAAGGUCCUGAAGUUUGUAAUGACAGGGGAAUGUGUGUAAAUACGUUUGGAAACUAUAUUUGUGUGUGUAUGGCGGGAUACGAGGGAAAGAACUGUGAAAUAGAAACGGACGAGUGUCUGAUUGCGGAAUCCCCGUGCCUUAAUGGGGGACUUUGUAUAGAUUUAAUUGGAAGGUAUCGUUGUGAUUGCUCUGGCACGGGAUUUUAUGGGACUAAUUGUGAACACAAAAUUUACAAAUGCAAAACUGAUCACUGUGAAAAUGAAGGCUCUGUAGGACCAGCAGUUCUUAUAAUGUUCACACCACCCCUCACCGCUGUUGGUUCGAAUCCCGACAUAGACUUUGGAUUCGUACAUACAAUAAGAGAUGUUCAUUGCCUUGGAUAUAUAGAGACAAACUUCAAGGAAUUUGUUAACUUCGAGGGAAAACGUUUCGAUGGGAAGUGUUGUGACAAGUCAGGAUUUUGGAGCUGGGGUGGUAACAAAGAUAAAUGCACGGAUGAGUGUGACCAUACUUUCAUCAUCUGUUUGGGAAAUGCCACGCAAUCAAGCAGCAUGUCCGAGUGUGAAUAUGGUCAGCAAGAAAUUGAUCAGGUCGGGGGCAAUAAAAUCACGUUUAAUGGCAACGUGGGAGCUGCAAGUAAUCCAAUUAAGUUUCAAUUUGGAACAUGGCCGGGCGUUGUCAAGGUAAAAAUUGACGUUCAUGAUACAGACGGUGACGACGAGUAUGACUUCAUUGAUCAUUAUGAAUACCAGUACAACACCCGGGACCUUCGGAGAGAAAUUGACGCCCCGCAGGAAUCACUCGUGCUAACAGGUUCUCGGACAAGAUUUGACAUGGAACUAAAAGUUUACUGUGAACUUAACUUCUACGGUCCGGAAUGUGGAAUAUAUUGCAAGGAAACAGACGACGAGACCGGUCAUUACAAGUGUGAUCCUUCCACAGGAGCUAAAAUAUGUAAACAAGGUUGGAGAGGUGAUGACUGCCUGACAAAUAUUGACGAUUGUGUCGGAAACCGUUGUUACUAUGGUGCCACCUGCAUUGACGGUGUCAACUUUUAUAGCUGCCUGUGUCCACAAGGCCGAACAGGGUUUACCUGUGAGGCUGAAAUAAACGAAUGUGCAAGCGGUCCAUGUCAAAAUGGCGGGAAAUGUUUGGAUGCGUCCAACAGUUUCAUCUGUACAUGUGCCCGCGGGUUUGCCGGAUUAUUGUGUGAAGUUGAAAUAGACGAAUGUAGAUCGAGUCCAUGCUUAAACGGGGGAGUUUGUAUUGAUCAGAUAGGGGAUUAUAUGUGUGUAUGUCAGGACGGGUUUUCUGGGGAGCGAUGUGAGGUGGACCUAGAUGAAUGUUUAUCAAACCCAUGUGUAAGUGCUGACAGGUGCAUAGACUUACCUGGAAAUUAUAUGUGUGAAUGUUUCCCAGGUUUCAUAGGAAAGAACUGUGAGCACAACAUUGACGAAUGUCUUAGUGAUCCAUGUGGAAAUGGCGGCAGGUGUAUAGAUAAAGUAAACUCUUUCGAGUGUCAAUGUCAGUAUGGCUAUACUGGUGAACUCUGCGAAGCCCGAAUAGAUUAUUGUGAUCCCAACUAUUGUCUUAACGGAGCUACAUGUUCAAGUUUAGAGACUACUUUUGAGUGUCAUUGUACUGAGCAGUUCUACGGUCUGUGGUGUGAAUCAGAUAUAAACGAGUGUAACAACGGUUCUGAAGUUUGUAAUGCCAGGGGAUUGUGUGUAAAUACGUUUGGAAACUAUCUAUGUGCGUGUAUGGCCGGCUACGAGGGAAGGAACUGUGAAAUAGAAACGGACGAGUGUCUGAUGACGGAAUCCCCGUGCCUUAAUGGGGGACUUUGUAUAGAUUUGAUUGGACGGUAUCGUUGUGAUUGUUCCGGCACAGGGUUUCAUGGAACUAAGUGUGAACAGGAAAUUGACGAAUGCGAAAGUGAUCCUUGUGAAAAUGGAGGUUCGUGUAAAGACCGGCUAAACGACUUUACAUGUGAAUGCCCAGACGGAUUUAUAGGAUUUAAGUGUGAAAUUACAUUAACAACAAUAACAACAUCAUCAUCAACAACAUCAUCAUCUACAACAACAGUAGCAACCACAACAACAACAUCAUCACCACCACCAACACCAAUAACAACAAUGACACCAGCAACAACAUCACCAUCAUCAUCAUCGUCACUAAUACCACCACCACCACCAACAACACCACCACCACCAUCAUCAUCAACAACAACAACAGCAGCAGCAACAACAACAACAACAACAACAACAAAACCACCACCAAGAACAACAACACCAUCAUCACCACCAACACCACCAACACCAACGACGACCACAACAACAACAGCAGCAGCAACAACAACAACAACAAUACAACCAGCACCAACAACAACAACACCAUCGUCACCAUCAUCAUCAUCACUAAUACCACCACCACCACUAAUACCACCACCACCACCAACAGUAAUAACAUCAACAACUUCAACAUCUUCACUUCAAAACAUCAGUUCUCCAAGGUAUGAAUUGACGUCUUCAUUACCAAAUAAUGAAUCUUCAUCUUCAACUUUUAUCUCUUUAUCUACAAAAUCGUUGUCUCAAAAUGUAACAUUAACUACGACGCAACCAUCAUCCACUCAUGCACUCGUAACAUUACUUUCAACAAAUACAACAGAAUCAGGCACAGAAAUGAAUGCAUCUACAUUAAUACCUUCUUUUAACAAUGUAACAGAUGAGGACAAUUUAAAUGCAAGCGGCUUUCAUAUACCUUCAAUUGGCACAGCUUUAGGAACCACUGAAUCUAUAAAACUUGAUAAAACAGAACAUGAACAAUACAUUGGCACAGCUACCACACCAACGGAAUCUUUUGAAUUUUCACAAUCCACUGAAGGCUAUUCUGUCAACUCAACAUCGACAUAUGUUUACGAUAAUAUUUCCAUUACUGCAGGGGUUGAAACAGAUUCUCAAGUGAACAUGACAGCCUUGGAAACAGUUUCAGACAGGAUGACAACUUACAGUUCAUUUACGGAAACACUGACACAUUUAUUGACCGUCGAUGACACUGCUGGCAUAAACCUCACAUCAAAUCAAUCAACAUCAAUUUCUUUUGAACAUUAUUUCACUACAAGUGGGGCAAAUAAGAAAAGAGAUGAAACUGAUUUGCAAUGGGAAAAGCAUAAAGAAAAACAUUUAUCCUCAGAUGUAAUUGAGUCGUCUGGGGAAAUUUUUGACGUACAGAACGUAUCAUCUAGUACUCAUUAUUUUGGAGAAGCAAUUAGUUCAGAACAAGAAUCAUUAGGUCAAUACAAUGACUAUUCUGGAGAAGAAACAGAAACGAAAAAUAUUUCAUCUGUUGAAUAUGAAUCAUCUGGAGAAGAAAUCGUUAUACACCAUUUAUCAUCUAGUGAAUAUGAAUCAUCUGGUGAAGAAAUCGAUAUACCACAUUUAUCAUCUAGUGAAUAUGAAUCUUCUAGUGAAGAAAUCGAUAUACCACAUUUAUCAUCUAGUGAAUAUGAAUCUUCUAGUGAAGAAAUCGAUAUACUGCAUUUAUCAUCUAGUGCACAUGAAUCUUCAGGAGAGGAAAUUGAUAUACCAUAUUCAUCAUCUGGAGAAAAUGAGUCUUUGGAAACAAUCGACAUAAAACAAGUAUCAUCUAGUGCACAUGAAUCUUCAGGAGAGGAAAUUGAUAUACCAUAUUCAUCAUCUGGAGAAAAUGAAUCUUUGGAAACAAUCGACAUAAAACAAGUAUCAUCUAGUGAAUAUGAAUCUUCAGGAGAGGAAAUUGAUAUACCACAUUUAUCAUCUAGAGAAUAUGAAUCUUUAGAAACAAUCGAAAUACCACAAGUAUCAUCUAGUGAAUAUGAAUCUUCUGGAGAGGAAGGUGAUGUGCAACAUGUUUCAUCAGGUGAAUAUGAAUCAUUGGAAACAAUCGACAUACAACGAGUAUCAUCUAGUGAAUAUGAAUCUUCAGGAGAAGAAAUUGAUAUACCAUAUUUAUCAUCUAGUGAAUAUGAAUCUUCUGGUGAAGAAAUCGAUAUACUGCAUUUAUCAUCUAGUGAAUAUGAAUCUUCAGGAGAGGAAAUUGAUAUACCAUAUUCAUCAUCUGGAGAAAAUGAAUCUUUGGAAACAAUCGACAUAAAACAAGUAUUAUCUAGUAAAUAUGAAUCUUCUGGUGAAGAAAUCGAUAUACUGCAUUUAUCAUCUGGAGAAAAUGAGUCUUUGGAAACAAUCGACAUAAAACAAGUAUUAUCCAGUGAAAAUAAAUCUUCAGGAGAGGAAAUUGAUAUACCAUAUUUAUCAUCUAGAGAAAAUGAAUCUUUGGAAAUAAUCGACAUAAAACAAGUAUUAUUUAGUGAAUAUGAAUCUUCAGGAGAGGAAAUUGAUAUACCAUAUUUAUCAUCUGGAGAAAAUGAAUCUUUGGAAACAAUCGACAUAAAACAAGUAUCAUCUAGUGAAUAUGAAUCAUCUGGUGAAGAAAUCGAUAUACCAUAUAUAUCAUCUGGGAAAUAUGAAUCUUCUGGUGAAGAAAUAGAUAUACUGCAUUUAUCAUCUAGUGAAUAUGAAACCUCAGGAGAGGAAAUUAAUAUAGCACAUAUAUCAUCUGGUGAAUAUGAAUCUUUGGAAACAAUCGACAUAAAACAAGUAACAUCUAGUGAAUAUGAAUCUUCAGGAGCAGAAAUUGAUAUACUACAUUUAUCAUCUGGAGAAAAUGAAUCUUUGGAAACAAUCGACAUAAAACAAGUAACAUCUAGUGAAUAUGAAUCUUCAGGAGCAGAAAUUGAUAUACUACAUUUAUCAUCUGGAGAAAAUGAAUCUUUGAAAACAAUCGACAUAAAACAAGAAUCAUCUAGUGAAUAUGAAUCUUCAGGAGCAGAGAUUGAUUUACUACAUUUAUCAUCUAGAGAAAAUGAGUCUUUGGAAACAAUCGACAUAAAACAAGUAUCAUCAAGUGAAUAUGAAUCUUCAGGGAAGGAAAUUGAUAUACCAUAUUUAUCAUCUGGAAAAAAUGAGUCUUUGGAAACAAUCGACAUAAAACAAGUAUCAUCUAGUGAAUAUGAAUCUUCAGGAGAAGAAAUUGAUAUACUACAUUUAUCAUCUGGAGAAAAUGAAUCUUUGGAAACAAUCGACAUAAAACAAGUAUCAUCUAGUGAAUAUGAAUCUUCAGGAGAGGAAAUUGAUAUACCACAUUUUUCAUUUAGAGAAAAUAAAUCUUUAGAAACAAUCGACAUAAAACAAGUAUCAUCUAGUGAAUAUGAAUCUUCUGGAGAAGAAAUUGAUAUACUACAUUUAUCAUCUAGUGAAUAUGAAUCAUCUGGUGAAGAAAUUGAUAUACCACAUUUAUCAUCUGGUGAAUAUGAAUCUUCUGGUGAAGAAAUCGAUAUUCUGCAUUUAUCAUCUAGUGAAUAUGAAUCUUCUGGUGAAGAAAUCGAUAACCCACAUUUAUCAUCUGGAGGAAAUGAAUCUUUGGAAACAAUCGACAUAAAACAAGUAUUAUUUAGUGAAUAUGAAUCUUCAGGAGAGGAAAUUGACAAUGUCACAUUGAAAGAAGAAAGAACAGAAACCAUUCCUUUGAUUUAUGAUGGAAGCGAACUGUACGAUGGCAGUGGUGAGACAAUUCUUUAUGAACGUUCUACUAGUACUGCAACGAUAUCAAAGACCGAAAAUGUUACUAGAAUGAAUUAUUCUUCGAAUAAGUUAAAUGAGUUCAAUAAUGAAAGUGUUAAUCAAUCAAUAACAUGGUCUACAACGACCGAUCGAGUUACUAAAGACACCGAAUAUGCUUUUAUUAAUUAUACUGAAUAUAAUAUUGACAGUUCAGGAGAUGGUCCUUAUCCAGAAUUUCUUCCGGAGAAGUCAGUGAGUGUUCAACAAACGGAUUUAAUAGAUUUCAAAAUCAAUGAAACGAAAAUCGAAUCUGAGACUCAUGAUGAUGAAAUCAAUACCACUUGGGUAAAUAUGACUUUUGCUAAUAAUAAGUCCGACAUAAUUAAUCUCUAUACAAAGACUUAUGCUAUCCAUAAUACUUCUGUAUUGAAAGAAGCUGACCUGGAUCUUAAAGAUAGGACAAUCACUCAAUAUCCGACUUUCGAAAUGGUUGUAACAGAAAAUGUUACUAGUGCAUUUUACACUUCACCAAUUCGCAGAGUAAAUGAAAGUGUUUCAUGGACUACAAGAAUGCUUCCAAAUGUACAAACAAAAGGAACAUUAGUUUUAAAAGACAUUACAUUGUCUAAUAAUUCUGUUACUGAUUCAACAAAAAAUAACACACAUUUUAUUAGCUCUACAGUAGUCACUAAACCAAUUUUGAUAACUAGAAAUUCAACUAAAAUACCUGAUCAUGAUAUAAAUCCAUGGUUAGCGGCUCGUAAGCACAUAAAUGUCCCUUCCAAAAAAGUCACUAGAAAACCAAAGAAAAACAAUUAUCAGCCAUUUAAUCCAUGGUUAGCGGCCCAUAGACAUCUUAGAAAGUUUAAAUCAACGCAAAAGUGGAGAACAAAAAAGAUAUCUGCCAAACCACCAACAGUUGACUUGAAGAAAACUACAUUGAACACAUUAAUAAGAAGCACAGGUACACCAGUUCCUACGACUGUCAGCAAAGACAUAAUUGAUACAGGUACCCGACUAGUAACGAAAUUUGUCACAAACCAAGAAGAUAGCGUUAAUACAAGGGAGUACCAAAUGACGACUGAAAGUACUCAAAUGUUUUUCAGAAAGAAUGUCUCUUUUAUAUCGGGUGAUAGUCACUCAACUUCAGUAUACACAACAGAAAAUGAUUCAUAUAUAGGAACGGAAAUAGACCAGUCAUAUACAACAGAACCUACCGAGUUGAAUUCUACCAAUGUAUCAAAAGCUGGUAAAAACAGUACAGAAGAAGGUUUUGAAACUGUGUCUUUUAAUUCGCUAUAUGAAAAAUCCUUCGUGUCGACCAUGAGCAAGUUCUGCGGAGUAUUUUGUUUCAACUAUUUUGAAAAACCAUAUGCAUCAAGCAGCCCACUUUCGAAUAUAGUAUAA